UCCCCCAGGGCCCCGGGCCUGCUCCUCGGCGCGCCCCGGCCAUGGAAGCCCUGCGCAGGGCCCACGAGGCCGCGCUGCGGCUGCUGCUGUGCGGGCCCUGGGCCUCGGGCGCCGCCUCCCGCCCGAAGCCCCGCGCCUCCGAGGUGCUGACGCGGCACCUGCUGCAGCGGCGCCUGCCGCACUGGACCUCCUUCUGCGUGCCCUACAGCGCGGUCCGCAACGACCAGUUCGGCCUGUCGCACUUCAACUGGCCGGUGCCGGGCGCCAACUACCACGUCCUGCGCACCGGCUGCUUCCCCUUCAUCAAGUACCACUGCUCCAAGGCGCCCUGGCAGGACCUGGCCCCGCAGGACCGCUUCUUUACCGCGCUCAAGGUCAUCAACCUGGGUAUUCCAACUUUAUUAUAUGGACUUGGCUCCUGGUUAUUUGCCAGAGUCACAGAGACUGUUCAUACCAGUUACGGACCAAUAACAAUCUAUUUUCUAAAUAAAGAAGAUGAAGGUGCCAUGUAUUGAAAGUGUACAUUGGAAAAUACAAUUGUCAAUUAAUUUCUGUGUGUAUAUUGCAAUAUUUAUUUUUGAUCAUUUAAAAUAAAACACUGGCAAACACC